CCCGCCCACCUGCCUGUGUCCUGUUAUGAAAGCGGCGCAGUGGGUGUGACAAAGGAGUCCGUCAGCAGCGAGCCCUCAAACCGAUCCGCCGCCAUGCUCCGUGUCACCACCGCCUCUCUGUGCUCCUCCUGCCAGAGGAUGAGGCUUCUCCUGCCUUCGUCUGCCUCCUCCUCCUCCUCCUCCUCCCCCACCUCUCUCAGCAAACGCCUGGAAAACCAGCGCACCGUGGACUCCCUCUACCAGCUGUCCGUGGACGUGAGGAAGGUGCGCAAGUUCAAGGCCUGGGUUUUGUCCGAGGGCACGGCCUACGUGUCCGAGACCGCCGACCUGCUGAAGGACAUGGGCGCCGACACGCCCACCGUCGCCGCCAUCCUGGAGACUCACCCCGAGGCCGUGCUGUGCCGGCCGGAGGACGUGGCCGCCCAGCGGGACCUGUGGGCCUCGGUGUGCUCCGGGCCGCGCACGCUGCUGGGCAUCGUGGAGAAGUUCCCGGCCUCCUUCUUCACCGUGACGCACCACGGCAACCAGCAGGCCAACAUCCUCUACCUGCAGAGCCUGCGGCUCAGCAAGAGGAUCAUCAGCAAGCUGAUGGCCAGCGCGCCGCAGAGCUUCAGCCGGCCCGUGGAGCGCAACCAGGAGGUGAUCCACACGCUGCGGGAGACCUACCUGGACCUGGGCGGCGACGAGGGCAACCUGCGCAUCUGGCUGCAGAAGCUGCUCAGCCAGAACCCCUACAUCCUGCUGCGGCCCGCCGAGGCCUGGAGGGACAGCCUGGGCUUCCUGAGAGAGAAGGGCUUCACCACCGAGGAGCUCCUGGGCCUGGUGUCCAGCCUCAGGGCCUCCAUCUCCGAGCUGAAGCCGGCCGGCAUGCAGCAGGCGCUGGACUACCUGGAGGGCGCGCUGCUCUGCUCCCAGGAGGAGCUGAAGCGGGUGGUCAUCUGCUGCCCGGCCGUGCUGUACUACUCGCUGCCCACCCUGGCCGGGCGCUUCCAGGGGCUGAUGGACGCCGGGAUGAGCGCGGAGCAGGUGAAGGAGGCGCCCAGCGUGCUGGAGCUCACCACCCAGAUCGUGAUGUACCGCAUCCAGAAGCUGGCCGCCUACGGCUACGACGUGCGCUCGGGCAGCCUGGACGUCAUCGUCGGAACCAAGAAGGACUUCGAGCAGAGCUACAGCCGGCUGAACCUCCGGCAGCAGAGGCCGCUCUUCAACCCGGUCGCCCCCCUCAGGACGGUGGAUUAGUGACCCCAGGCUUCUCGGACCCGCUCAUCGUCCAAACAAAGCGCCUGAAGGAGAACUUUUAAGAGGAAGGCGGCCCAUCCGGGCCGGCGGAUUCAGAACGUCGGUGCCCUGCUGCCAGAAAAGAGUCGGAAUCCCAAAGGUCCAACAGCACCGACCCAAAGCCAACUUCUCUGCUUGUUGCCUUUUAUAAAACGUUCUAUGUAUUUAAGGUUUUACCUGGUGAUGAUGCCUUUGAAACUAAAACAGAUUUUUAAGCCUCACUAGAAUCGUGAGCUCACUGUGUUUGAGGACUUUUGUGGUUCUGCUAAAAGUUGAGUAAAGGCAGACAGACGAAGGAAUACGCUGUACGGAAACGAGUGCUGCUUUCUGUAAGACACAACUGUAAUUAAUGGACCUGAAAGCGGACGCUGGGCAGGAGAAAAACGGCAAUAAAUUUGAGGUGUAACGCUGUCGAUCCUCUGAUGUUUAAAUAUUAAAAAAAGACUCCCUUAAGCAAUGGCCAUGUCAAACGCUUUGAAGAAGAGACUGAAGGCUUUGGU